AUGGGACCAUUUACGGUACUCAAGGCGAUCGGCGACGCGUACACGCUGGACAUCCUUCCGUCACUUCGACUUCACCCAACUAUUUACGUCAGGAGUCUCAAGGAGUAUAGUCCAGCUUCGCUUCACGGAAUGGCUCCGUCCUCGGAUUCAAAGGCUCAUAGCCUGCGAGCGCCCAAGAACCUGGCGUUCCUUGUUCCGCAUCCGUUUAAGCACCUUGCGGUUCGACUGCCGAGUCUCGCUCGCUGUUCUCUCACCCCGCGCAGCUCGAUCAAGGGCAGCUUCAGCUUCCAGCUGGGCAUCGACAGCCUUGUUCAGAGCCGAGUCUUCAUCUUCCUGGGGAAACCAGGACGCCAGCAGUACCUUCGCGAGGGCGCACCACUGCUUGUGGAAGCGAAAGGUCAGAAGCGCUGA